CCGUACAGUUCCAUCGGGCAUUCGGUGACUUGAAGUCAUCCGGUGUAUCAAGAUGUUUUUGUAAUGUGCCUUCGUAUUUCGUAAACACGGGAAGGUGUAUUUAACGUUUUGUUACAUGUAUUUGAACGGACUGUAAUACGAAAGUGUGUCCCCGAUGUUAAAACAUGUAUUGUUUCUUACAUGCCAAUUACAACUAAAAUUAAUACACAAUACCUAGCCAAAGUAUGCUCGGUGCACUGCGAUGCAAUUGCAACAUUAAUGCUAAGUGCACUUAUAUUUUUUCCUAUAAGAACAACAAAACGUUAAUUGCGCGAGUUCCAGCUACACGUGCUCAUCGAACAUGUCUAUGAAGAAAGAAUCACCUUGGGACGUAGAAUUACAUUUGGCAGCGGCACGCGGAGAUGCGAAGCGCCUUCGAGUUCUUCUCGAUUCUGGUCGUGUCCAUGUCGACUGCAAAGAUAAGGAUGGAACGACUCCUUUAAUAUUGGCCGCCGCCGGAGGCCACAUUGAAGCGGUCACCGAAUUACUACAACAAGGGGCGGAUCCUAAUGCCAGACGGCUGACGGGUACCACGGCGUUGUUCUUCGCCGCUCAAGGUGGCUACAUGGACAUCGCCAGUCUAUUAUUGGAGCAUGGUUCCAUCGUUGACUCUUGCAGCAUAGACGGCGGUACCCCACUUUUCGUCGCGUGCCAGUGCGGUCACCUAGAUGUUGUGGAAGGUCUGAUCGAAAGAGGCGCCAGUCCGAACGCUUAUAUGAAGGAUGGGGCCACGGCAUUAUUCAUUGCCGCCCAAAAUGGCCACGUGCGUAUUUUAGAGGUUCUCCUGGAGCAUGGAGCAAAAACGGACGCGGCAAGAACCGAUGGUGCCACGCCUUUAUGGAUAGGAGCGCAAAUGGGACACGACCAUAUUGUGAGAAGGCUUUUGAAAGCUGGUGCGAAGGUCGAUGCCACCAGACAUGAUGGUGCGACCCCGCUAUUCAAAGCGGCUCACAAGGGCCACACCGCUGUUGUAGGUGAACUACUUAAGUACCGUCCAUCUCUUGGUAUUCUUCCAAAUGGUGAAAGUGCACUACAUGCGGCAGCAUUAACAGGACAAAUGACUGUUACAAGACAAUUGGUAGGUGCAGGAGCAGAUCCUUUACUGGUGAACCAAGAAGGUAUCACGCCCCUUCAAUUAGCUCUUAGACACUCACAGACGCAAGUAGUCAACUAUUUGAAAGAUAAAAUUAGAGCGCGGACGGGAACAUCCUAGCAAGAUCCACGUUUAUUAUCUAUGCGUUAAAAAUAAAAAUUAGAAGAUGAAAAAGUGAGAAAGCAAGAAUAAAUUAUAGACCAAUGUAAGAAAUCAGUAUUUCUGAAAAAAUGUGAUAUAUAUAUACACAUAUGUACACAUAAUGUAUAUAUAUACGUGUCACAAAUUGAACAUACUUUAGAUAUGACUUGUAUACAACAUGAUCAAGUGAUUACAGUCUUAUUGUAUUUCACGUAAACAAAGUUAGAAAGUAAACAAAGAUGUUGAUUUAUGCUACAACCAUAAGACUGUGGUUUAAAACUCCGUCAUUUUCUUAAAACUAUUUGUUCACUAUGUAUAUAAUUUACAUAUCCUAUAAUAUUUAAAAGUAGGAAAAGUAUAUUUUAAUGUAUUUUCUUGUUGUAAAUAUUUUACAACACGUUGAAAUUUUUAAAAAAACACUUGUUUGAUGUAGGCGAUAUACAUCCCACAGUUACAAAGUUAGUUUGCGCUAUAUAUCGAAUAGCGCUAUAUGAACUAUAUAUCUUGUUAACACUGAAUUCGUGGUUACAUAAAUGUAAUAUAUAAUAUAUGUAUGAAUCUUUAAAUAAUAUAAUCAUUUUGUUCUAA